AUGGCCCCAACGACACACUCAAGAACACAAUCCACCAGCACCCCCGCGCCCCUCCCCAGCACCCGCACAAACCCCAUCUCCCUCCGCAUCUACAAGGCCAUCGGCACUUCCUUCGACGAUGCCGACUCGCGCGAAGCACUCCAGAUCGCCUCGUCCAUCUAUGCCCCGCAAGAGCCGAAAGGGAAAUCAAGAGCGAUCGAUGCCGAGGCAGAUGAGGGACAAGAAGAGGAGGACGGCUUACUGAAGAGACGGACGCUGAAAGGACAGAGCGCAGCAACAGCGCGCAAGUAUCUGAAGCGAGAUGUAGAGUCGAGCCUGGCAGCUGGGAGCUUGAAAUUCCUCGAGGCUUUUGAAGAGGUUGACAAGAACCUAGGGACGGUGCGCGAACAGAUGCAGGAAAUGCAGAUCCGCUGCGACCAAGUCCAGUCCGAAUUGGAUCAAGCCAACAGCGGUACAAAAUACCUGCUCGAACGGGCAGACGGCCUACGUGCUCAGCGUGCGUCGGCUGAAUUACGAGCUCAUCUCAUAACUCUCUUUCUCGCCCGCUUCACGCUUUCCGAGCAUGAACAAGCCGCACUCUCUUCGCGGGAUAUCAGUAUAGGACAAACGCUAUUUGACGCGCUCGACCAUGUCGAAAAGAUCCGAGAGGACUGUACGGUAUUGCUGGGUGGAGAAGAAGGCAAAGCUCAGGCAGGGAUGGACAUCAUGACGUCUACUUCCGAACAGCUAGAAGCGGGGUAUACCAAGAUCCACAGAUGGUGCCAGUUCGAGUUCCGCCAGUAUACGAGGGAAACACAUCUGGAAGUGUCGCCCAUCAUGCGAAAAGCGAUCGUACGCCUGCGCGAUCGUCCCUCAUUACUCAAUGAUGCGCUCCAAACGUUGACGUCGACCCGCCACGCCUCCCUCUUACAGCAAUUCCUCACAGCCCUAACCAUUGGCGGCCCCGGCGGUCUUCCGCGCCCUAUAGAACUGCACGCACAUGACCCGCAACGAUACGUCGGUGACAUGCUUGCUUGGGUACAUCAGACGACGGCGAGCGAGGGAGAGUUCCUAGAUGGAGUGUUUGGCGUGAGUAGAGGGAAGAGGAUGGUGGGGCAGGAAAGAACGCGGGGGGAGAGGGAUGGUGAGGAGAAGGGGGAGGAGAAGAUGGCGAGGGAGGUGUUGGAUAAGAAUCUUGAGGGGUUGAGUCGGCCAUUGAAACUGCGAAUCCAGCAGACGAUCAAGUCUCAAGAGGGCACAAUCAUGUCGUACAAGAUUGCCAACCUUGUGCAAUUCUAUCUCGUUACUAUGCGAAAGACUAUCGGCUCUGGGGCACAAUUGUGCGAGACUUUACAAGAAAUCCACGACGCAGCAUACACCACAUUCUACGAAACCCUCGACGCCCAAGGCCGCGCCCUCCUCCGCUUCCUCCACGCCCCCGACAACACGCUCUCCCCACCGCCUUCUCUCCGCGAAGCCGCCCUCAUCCUGCGCGAACUGCUCACCGUCCACUCCACCUCCCUCCUCGACCCCGCCGACCAAGCUUCCCAAGAUGAAGUCGACAAGCUGCUGGAUAAGGCGGUGGGGCCUUGUAUUGAGAUGUGUGAGCGGAUGGCGGAGAUGAGAAGGAGUGCGGUGGGGAAAGGAGGUGGGGGAGAGUGGGAGAGGGAUGUGUUUAUGGUGAAUUGUUUGGGGUAUUUGGAGCAUACCCUGGAGCAGUUUGAGUUUACGGGCAAAAUGUUGGAUGGGCUGGAUGAGAGGAUUGGGGGACAUGUGGAAGCGAUGGCGUUCGAGCAUCAUGGCAAAUUGCUGGAUCAGUGUGGUUUGGCGCCGGUCAUGCGGGCGAUCCGUACAAGACCAGCAGAUACACCCCUCUCACGCCUCCCAGCCACAUCCCCCAAACCCCUCACCUCAUCCCUCUCCACAUUUUCCACCUGGCUCUCCACCAUCUCCCCCUCCCCCUCCUCCUCCCCCCGUCUCUCCCUCCUCUCUUCGCCCCGCCUCGCAGAGGAGAUUCACAGGAAAGCCUUGCGCAAGAUAUAUGAAGCGUAUGGCGAGGUUUGUGAUCGGGUGUUGGAUAAGGGGGAAGGGUAUGAGUUUGGGGAGACGAUGUUGAGGAGGGGGAGGGAGGAGGUGGGUGUUGCGUUGGGUGUUGGGGAGGAGUGGGAUAGUCAGGAUGAAGAGGGAGAGGGGGUGAGUGGAGAAGGAGAGAAGGGCAACUAGAUGGUGAUGUGCAUGGUAUGACAUCCUGUCAGAAAUGAUAUCCAGGUGUACAUCCUCAACUAUUCAAUCUUAUCAUUUCCGAAUCUGUAUCCUGCACCCACUGACCCAUCUCUGACAACUCCUGUCCCCAGGUAUAAUCAUCUCUUCUGGAUGACGAUGAUACGCCCCACGCAUCUGCAAGGUCGGCAUGACCCAACUUUCGGGUUCCCAAAACCAGCGGCCAUCGUAAUGUGGAUCCUGCGCUGAAAGGCAAGCUCGACCCGUCUACGCCAGUGGUUAGAUAUGAGGGGUGGGAUCCGUUCGUGUGCCAUAUGGGGUUGAUAGUCGGCGACAUCCAGAGAUAUUCUGGUUCUGAUGUUUCUUCGGGCUCUUGCUGGUCCUGUUCCGACAGGACAUUGUUGGUUUCCGAGUUGUUGGGAAGUUCCCGGGCCUCCCGGGGCUCUAUCAUCUCAUGAUGGCCAGCUUGCAGAGUCUGUCUCUGCGUGCGCCUCCCACCGCGUUUCCUCAACUCGGGGUAUCGACAAGAUGCACCGGUCCCUGAUGAUUUACACGAUUGGCAUGAUGGACAACUACCGUCAAGGGUUAGUCAUCAUGUCCUCGUCUUCCUGUCCUUGAACCAAGUUGAAACUGUCUUACUCGUCAUCAUCUCGAGGUGGGACACAUCUUCUCCUCUUUGAGCGGCAUGGGAUACAUGCCAUACCUUCGGCGUGCUUGGUGUUCUGGGUAGAAGCUCUUUGCGGCUGGCUUGAUAGUUUUGACGAGGGCAAUGAAGAAGCGGAAGUGGUGGCGGCGCUUAUGUCUUGGAAAGACGACAUGAUGAAAAGUCGUUCUGUUAGUGGGCA